CACUUGCCACCAGCACCGCCACCGCGAGCCCACCCCCACCAACCAGCAAUGCGUCGCGCCCUCGACUGGACACCUCCCCUCCCCGCCUCGCUCCUCACCACCACCCCUCGCCGCCUUCUCGAACCUUCUAGUACCUUCCCCCUCCCCCUCCUCCGCCCCUCUCCUCCUCCACCUCCUCCGAUUUCUCCGCCUCCUCCGCCGCCGCCCGCAGCCGCGGAGCUCCCCGCCGCCGACAUGGACGACGCCUGCGCCGUCUGCGCGGAGCCGCUCGAGUGGGUGGCCUACGGCGCCUGCGCCCACCGCGAGGUCUGCUCCACCUGCGUCGCCCGCCUCCGCUUCGUCCUCCGCGACCUCCGCUGCUGCCUCUGCAUCACCCCCUGCCCCGCCGUCUUCGUCACCAAGGCAAUGGGGGACCGGACGAAGGUGAUCCCCGAUUUCUCGGCGCUCCGCGGCGCCGGCGGCGAGGGGAAGGCCGGGGAGUACUGGCACCACGAGGCCACGCAGACGUGGUUCGACGACGCCGACCAGUACAGGAUGAUCAGUGCCAUGUGUCGGCUCUCUUGUAGCGUCUGUGAUAGCAACAAGGAGGAGGAGGAGGAGCGUACUGGUAAAGCGGCCAAGGCGAAGCGUAAGAGCAAGAUCCGGAGCGUUGAUCAGCUCAAGGGGCAUCUCCUCGAUCGCCAUGGCUUGUACAUGUGUGACCUUUGCUUGGAAGGCAGAAAGGUAUUUAUUUGUGAGCAGAAGCUUUAUACAAUGUCUCAAUUAAAUCAGCACAUAAAAUCUGGUGAUUCGGAGGUGGAUGGCUCAGAGGUUGAGCGCCGUGGCUUUGGAGGGCAUCCAAUGUGUGAGUUUUGCAAAAGCCCAUUUUAUGGUGAUAAUGAAUUAUACACCCAUAUGACAAGAGAACAUUUUUCCUGCCAUAUAUGUCAAAGGCAACAUUCUGGACAAUAUGACUACUUUAGGAACUAUGAUGACUUAGAGAUGCAUUUCCAGAGAGACCAUUUUCUCUGUGAGGAUAAAGGGUGCUUGGAGAAGAAGUUUGUUGUCUUUGAAAGUGAAGCAGAGCUCAAGAGGCAUAAUGGUGUGGAACACGGGAAGCACAUGCCUGGUGCUGUUGACAGUAGCUCGUCGUCCAUGCAAAAUGGCAUUGCAGCUGUAGGCCAUGGGUUGGGAGGUCAAAGUGAUUCAUCUCGGGUGCCAUUGCAAUCAUUAAGCAUUUCUUCUAGUUCUGGGCAAUCAUCAGAAACAAGACAAAGCUUUGCGAGAAAUCGGGUACUUCAGCAAGCAUGUGUUCCUCCUCUUUCCCGUCAGGAGGUCCAUGAUGCUAGAGUAGGUUCUGUCCUUCAAGAAGCUUCAUUCCCUUCCCUACCAGCACAAUCAAGGAAGGCACCAGCACAUAGUCAGAGCUCAAGGACUGCAGCAAGGAUUGGGGACCAGCAGUUUCGUCCUUUAUCAGUUACUAGUAACAGGAAUGUUGCUUUAGCACAGCAGGGUACAAGAACAUUACCUGAAAACACCCAUGUAUCUGGGCUUGCACAAUACAGCAAGAGAACUGAGAACAUGCACCAAGCUGUUCAGCCUCAGUUCCUAAAAAAUAAUUCUUUGAUCCCUUCUGGCUCAACAAGCCGCCCUGUGCAUGUCCCCAGUUCUGCUGGAAAUGAAAGGCAAGACACAUUCAGCAACAGCCAGGUGUUAUCCAGUGUGGAGGACAUUCUUGCAGCAAAUAAAGCCCUGGUUGAGAAAAUGCGGGCUGCAUUAGGAAUGGAUCAGGAUAUGUUCAACGCAUUUAAAGAGAUCGCUGGGGAAUAUCGGCAAGGUGUUAUCAAUUCUUCAGAGUACCUUUCAUAUGUAAAGCAGUUUGGUCUCUUGCACCUUGUUCCUGAAAUGGCCAGGUUAUUGCCUGAUGCUCAGAAGCAGAAGGAGCUUGCAGAUGCCUACUAUGCCAAUUUGCGCCUUACAAGCCUCCAAGAAAAUGGUGGGGGUGGAACCGAUAACUCGAAACAAGGCAAUCAGAAUAAGAAGGGGAAGGGGGGAGUUCCUGACGCCAUAGGAACCAGUAAUGCUGCAACAGAUCCGCUGAAAGAUAAGUUGCUGAAUACUGCCAUCAAGUUCCAGUCAAAUUACAUGCCCCAGGAAGGGUGUUGUGGCGUGCAGCGAAAAGAAGGGAGAACAACAGAUGGAUCUUCUCAGGGUCUGCCUUUGAAGGGUGCUUGGCAAAGCCGUGGGGGCCAGAGACUCUUCAUGAGCAAAGCAAAGAAGUGACGAAUUGGUUUUGCAGGUCAAGUUAGUUAGACCUGCCAUUUGAGCCGCUACGAAAUGUCAAGGUUUGUGUCUAUCUGGUGUGUGUCUGAUAGUUGAGUACAUGAGUGCAGCAAUCAUGUGUGAUGCGUUUGCAUUUUGAUUUUUUUUUCUUUUUUGUCUAUCAUGUGUGGUGCGUUUGCAUUUUGAUUUUUUUUUCUUUUUGUCUAUUUUUUGUGUGGUGCGUGCGUUUGGUAGACCAUGGAACUUGAGACUAGAACGGUCCACACCAUACUGCAUAGUGGAGUUUUGCAACUUCACAUGAGUGAAUUUGGGCUAUAGACGGUUCUGUUGCUGUCAACUCAAAACUCCUUUUAAUACGAAGUUAUGGUCAAAAUCGUACCUUGAUAGAGAUAAAAGAUAAUGUCAAACUCAUAUGUUCUGUAAAUACUUUUGCCGAGGAAGUGCUAAUUA